AUGUCAGGGAGUGCCCAAGAGAGUGGCACGCGCGGCAGCCGCAAGAGAAAAUACGACGACCAGCAGCUGGAGCACCAGGAACCACCCUCACGUAGGAUUCUUCAACAGGAUGGUACUGACCGCGCCACGAAGGAGCUACCCGACAUGCCACAAGCCCUGCAAAGCGUCAACCACGAUACCCAGGGCGGAGAGUCUUCGUGGCAAGGGGCAGACGAGUCUCUGCGGUGGACCCAGCCUUGGGGUGGAGAAACCGGCCCAGCUACCGCGGCGGCUGUUGGGGCACCCAGUAGAGUCCGUCAGUCCCCCCGUAACGACCCGGAAAUUCCACGUGGUGUUCUCGAGCAGCGGAAUUCUUGUCACGACGGUAGCGGCGGAGAGAGGGUAGAACCUUUUUCUUCUUCUGCAGGGGGCGCCUCUUCUUCGUUUAAGUCUUCAGCCGUGCCACACAACAACAGGAACAGCCAAAGGGUCGCCGACGAUGCUGAGGUAGACAUGCCGUCGUCAUCGCUACCAUUGUGCGAAGCGGACUCCUUCAACCCGUUCCAGGAUGCGGACCUUGCGCCCAUCACUACCGGCUCGAUCGGAGCCAAAGCCCCCGGAAACGCGACCAACAUCAUCAACGGCCGGAACGCGGGGUGGCGCCGUCGCGGCCGAGCCAUCAUUAUCAAGUUCCCAGACUCGCAUGGUCACGAGGAGGGCCAAGGCCUGUCUGGGACAAGGCGAUGGUGGAGCUGGUAG